CAUUCCCAAUAUGAUCGUUGUUUCCAUCUGCUUCUUCCUUCUCAUUAUCAUUACCAUUACAUUAUCAAUCGAUUGACACCUUGACUUUCAUUUGGUAAAUUAAUUAGUGUAAACCAGAGUAAAGAUGAACAAUCGAUUCUGCAACAAUCGAAUGAACAAUAAAACAAAAUGUAUACAACAGUAAUUAAUUUAAUUCCCUUUUCCAUAUCUACAAGUUUCUACCGUAAUUACCAGCCACAAGCUUUUCCCAUGUUAUUCAAGUUGAGCUUCAAGGAAAUCCAUAAACUUACAACUCAAACAUUUCAAAUGUAUCAUCAAAUUUGGACCAACAGGACCCUUAAUGGUCAACAGUAAACACGUAAAAACAAUAAAGAAAUUAAAUCAACAGUAAAUACCUGUAAUUGUCUUCUUGAUUGUGCUUUAAAUUGGAAACUUUUCAUCAUUAUUAACUAUUUUCCUCGUCAUUUUACCAACCACUUUUGGACUCCCAUUUGGGUUGCAACUUCAACAUAUCAACAGUUUUCCAAUUUGACCGCCUUCCAACUCAUAAUUUCAUCAUGGAACGAGUAGAUUUGACCAAUUUCACAGCUGAAGAAUAUGAAAAGAUCAUGAGUGUCAUGAAAAGAGAUCAAUUGUUAAGGAAAAAAGAGGAACAACGCAUUUUUCAACUGAAAGCAGAGAUUAAUCGGCUUCGCAAGAAAGGUGUCAUCAGGCCUGGAAUCAAUUUAGCCGCAGUUUGCGGACGGUGCCUCACUGAAUUGGGUUUGAUCCUUAAUCGAGGAGCCAUUUGUUCAAUUUGUAGGAAAAAAGUAUGCAAAAAUUGUAGGUUUUUUGCUGAUCAAGAUAACCCAAUAGAUGGUCAUAAAUGGGUUUGCAUUGUUUGUAGCAAACAAAUUCAACUUAGAGCCGUUUCAGGGGAAUGGAUGAAAGAGUUAACUCGUUCAGCCAGUGAAAAGAUUCGUUCACCAUCAGCAAGUGUAUUUGCCACUGCCACUGAAAAUUUGGGUCGUUCACUUAAAUAUUCAUUUAGAUCAAGCUUCCUCAAACAAUCUAAUCAAGACAAUCAAAACGAAGGUGGCCUUUCAAGUAACAAUAAACUUGGUUCCAGCAGUGAAACUCAACUGAACAAACCAGAUUCACUUGAUUCAUCGUUUUCAGUUAAACCAUUAAACAAUCUUGAAUUUGGUGUUGAUGGUGGAGGAGGUGGAGGUGGUACAAUUGGUGCCACUGCAAGUGUAGGAGGUGUUAUUGGCCCAGAUCAGUCUAACCUUGGUGACAAUAAUAAUGAAAUAGGUAAUAAUUAUAGAAGAUUUUAUCGAAGUCGAGGUCAAAUUCCACCUAAACUUCCACCAACGAUAAACACCAGUGAACCAUCAACGGCCCCUUCAAAGUCACCACCAGCGGAUGAAAGUGGAGAUCAAGAGACAUCGCCAAAACCGCCAUUAAGUCCAGUGAUUAAAGCUUAUCAAGCUGCCGUUGAUCUUGUUUCCGUUGAUACUAGUCGAACCAUGCUUAACAGUUCACCCAGUGAACGAAAAACAGUUUACCGUAAGGUUUCCAAUCGAUUGUUGGAUAGCUCAUCGUCUGAAGAGGAUGAUGAAGAGGAAGAAAAUGAUUUAAGGCUAUCAAGCCAUUCGAGAGCUUCUAGUGAGUCAACUCCAUCGCCCAGGACACCCAAUAGUUGUAAAAUAUUAAGCGGCAUCUCAGCUAAUCAAGCUACAGCAUUUAAAUUUCCGCCUCUUUCACCUGUGCCAAGUCUAUCACCUUUAAGGACAGACCGGCCGCUUGAGUUUAUACCGCCAGAUCGCCAGUCAUCUGAUGAAUUUUCAACCCCACUAAGCUCAUUUAGAUCACGGUCAACAUCCAGUGAGACUCCUGAAGAAACUAGUACAAGUGGAGGUGGAGGAAGUAGCAGUGGUGGAGGAGGAAGCGUUAGUGUUGCCUCAAAAGGUUUAACUGCCGAAAAUGGAUCAACAAAUCGUCGUGUCAGCCCUUUACGCAAACAGAGAGCCAUUGCCGAAGAACAUCAGACUGAAUUAUCAAACAAAUUAGCAACAGUGUGUCAAGUUAUUGGCGAUUCUUCAAUGGCUGGUACUGAUUACCCCACAGUUGUAAAUACAUCUUCAAAUGUUACUGGAAACAGCGAAAGCUUGAUACGACGUGAACAUAGCGGUGGAGAUUCAGGAAUUGAUUGUAAUUAUCCAAUCACUCGUAAAGGGACAGGUUCAUGGACUUCUUGGUUCAAGGAGAAACCCUCAGCAGUGACUUCUGCGCCAAACAGCUCUACAACAGGCACGAUCUCUUCCUCUUCAGUUUCAGCACAACCUGGAGGAAAAGUGGGCGCAUCAAUGCCUAGUACUCCAUUAGCCACUUAUUCUCGAUUUAAUCAAAUUUUAGCAAAUUCAACGCCAUCUAAAACUGUCUUAACCUCUUCUAAUCCUUCUGUGUGUACUGUUACAGAUAAAUCAGCUGACGAUAGUGAAAGUGACGGUACCGUUGAAAAUACGACUGGAGUUGUUUUUCGCAAAGUAACAAUAAAGAAGAGACUUUCACGGACUCAAUCAGAUAGAGGUUCACCAUCACCAACAGGUUCGCCAAUAAUGUCUACCACCAAUGCUGUUAGUCGAAAUCCAUUAAUGUCAACCAGAACAGCAACAACAACAACAAUGAAUUCAUCCGAGUAUCAACAGUCGCAGCAACAGCCCCGUUAUACACAGUCACCGUGUUCAUCACCAGUUCCACCACCGAUGAACUCAACUCCUAUUCAUUCCAACCAAAUAAAUAGAUCAUUCAAUGAUGAUCGGUGUCGUCGUCCCAGUGGAACCAUUGGUACUUAUGUUAAAUCCCAUUCUGCUGUUAAUCAAACGGGAAUUGAAGAGAGCGCACCAUCACAAUCUUUUAACAAUAAAAAAUCCCUAGAUCCUAACACUUUUGUUUCAAACAGGUCAAUUGAUAAAAGUAACACCAAUCAAUCUGCUAUUAAAUUAACAAAUAGAGUUAAUGGUGCUUCAUUGAGUACCAAUAUGUUUAAAAAUAAUAUUUGUAAACAAAUUAACUCUGAUAUUAGUAUUGAAGUUGAUGAGGUACCAAAUGGUCCUCAUCGAUAUACCAAAAGCGAUCGUCGUUCAUCUGGUAUGAAUGGCAUUAGAAAUCAGAUUCAUAGGCAUCCAUUAAAUGAUAAAUACUUUCAGUAUCGAUUAACCCUUCCAUCAACUAACACAAUAACCAGUGAUGGUUACGCUCACCACUCAUCCUAUCGAUAUGGUAACGCCGGAGGUCACCAUCACCAUCAUCCAAGUCAUCUGCACCAUAGAUUAAAAGGACUUUCUCUGGAUAGCCAUGCAUUUGUUCGUCGCAACAUUGCCCGGUUGGGUUCAUAUGGAUCACCAGCAAAGCGAAAAUUAGUCAAAUUUACCAAAAAGCUUCGCCGGGGUCUUCUCUUUAUUGCUUCCCGAUUUAAAGGCCGCCCUUGGAAAGGCAAAUCAUCGUUUUCUGACUAUAGGUCCAGUGAAUACGACCAUGUCACGUUAGAAAGGUACAAUAGUUCUUGGUUGGCUCGAAGUGUUUCACUGCCAAACAAUAGUGACCAUCAUAGAACACUAGCUCAAAUUGAUCAAGAUCUAUCUUGGAAAUAUGGAUCCAUUGAUCAACGUCUUUGGCAGCUUGAUAAUGAAGAAGGCGAGUUGGAAGAUGAUUACAGCGAUCACGAUUUCAAAUCAAAAAAUGGCGUCAAGUAUCGUAAUAUCAAUGGUGGUAUCGAUGAAGAAUAUGAGAUUGGUCUUAAUGAUGAAUUGAUUUCGGGUGAAGGUAAACAAUAUCAACUGGUUUACAUGGAGAGUUUAGCAAACACAGAAAGUUGCUCUGGGAGUGAUUUAUCAUUUAAACAGAAUGGUAACAAUCGACAGUCAACUAGACAACGGCCCCGUAUAUUGAGGGUUCGAUCUCAUUUAGAGAUUGCCGAUGGAACUGCUUAUAUUGAAGAUUCAGAUUGGGAAAUGUGUUCAGAUCCUGGAGAGUUGACCGUUUCACCAUCUCUAGGGGAAGCAACUGGUCUUCGACCGGCAACAAGUUUAUUCAAAAUUUAUCACGAUUGUGGUGAAACUUUUAAUUGCUGUGAUAAUUAUACAAAACAAAAUGCCAAUGACUGUAAUCCGGGCCAAACCAUUGGUACACAUAAUGGUGUAUCAGAUGAAAGAUCCUAUUGUACUACAUUAUCUGAUCCCGGGAUCUCUUUGGGAAAUGAUCCGAUGUUAACUGUUGUUGAUUGUCCUGAUGAAUCAGAAGUUGAAAGUUACAAGCAAAGAAAGCAUGUAAUCGAUCAAAAUGAACACAUUUUUCCACAUGAAUGUGGCUCUAUUUCAUCAUCUCUUUUAUCGAGAUCUACUUCACCCUCAACGCCAUCAACUCUAUCCAACCAUUAUUGUCCAAAUAGUCAGUUAAAUUUUGAUUCUAGUGACCACUUAUUAACCCAUCAUUACCAGCAAAAUGGAUCACCAGAAGAGUCAACAUUAGCCAUUGAUGAACCAAACCAUGUUGAAAUUUCUCACAUUGAUGAUUUUAUUGACAACCAAUCAACCAAUUGGAAUAGGAACAGACGACUAGAUCAUCAGGUUACCAAUUGGAAUUCGGGAUUGACGAAGAUGAAUAACAACCAGGAAGCAGUGGCCGAUGAGAUGAAUGAAGACCACCAAGCAGAGAUUCAAUCAAUAAUCAACCAGAGAAUGGGUGAACAGCCACCUAGUCGACCACCUCGGACACAUCGUAAAAGACAUUUGAUGGAAUCAUCAUUGUCAUUUGACGGGUUCAAUCAUAUUAAACAUUCCAAUCAACUUGCCAAUCAUCAGUCAACAGUUUCAUCUGAUUCUAUCAAACAUAGAAUGUCAUCAUCAGCAUCAACAUUAUUAUUUCCAGCUUCAUCAAACUCUUCUAGUGAUCUUCAUUAUUCGAUUGCUUCUAAUCAAGCUCUUUUCAACAUAAUUAUUAACAAACAUCAAUCAUCAGAAUAUUGUAGAUCCAUGCCAAACUCAAUCAAAAAUUUUAAUUAUCUUUCUAACAUUGCAAGACAAGAUAUUUAUAGUUUUAAUCAAACGUUUACCUUUCCUCUGUCAAGUCACAUCAAUUAUUUAAAUGAAAGUCUCAAUUACUUAACAGUAAUGAAUCCUACUUUAAGACUUAUCAAUUUCAAUGAUGGACAGUUUAACGUUUUUCAACUAAUUGGGUGCUCUCCAAAUUUAACAGACCAUUCUAAUUCACUUUUAAGCCAGAAUAACGUUAUAAAGAGUUGGCCACCAAACUUGGUUUCUUGGGAUAAAUCUGCAUGUACCUGUUACCCAGUUUUCCAAGAAUGUUCAACUCUUCCUUUCUGUUCACAUGAGUUUGAUGAAAAUGAUCUGUAUAAGGUUAAUUACUUUACAUUUCAUCCUUAUAAUGAGCUUAAUUGUCCCAAACACUGCUAUUAUUAUCUACCAAAUCAAAUUCAUCAAUCAUGGUGUUAUGAGAAGAAUCGUCAUUUAUUCAGAUACCAUCAUCCAAUCUAUCAACUAAUUAAACCAAUAACCAAAUUCUUAGAUCAACAUGACCUGACUAAACAUUGGUUAUACUUAAUUUAUGUACUUGGUACAACAAUUACCUCACUUUACAAUUCAAUUGUUUUUCCACAUUCAUUUACCAGUUUGAAUAGAAGCAAGAUUAACACCGUUAAAUAUCUGCAAGAAUAUAAUUCAAACUCUGAUUGUCCCUUAAAUAAGGUUAAAUAUUGUUUAACUUUUGACAUAAUCAGGCAUAAUUGGUGCAAUACUGUUUGGACUUGUUUAAAUGAAAGAAUCAGUGAAACUCUUUUGAUGGGCUCUAUUUUUCAUCCCUCACUGCUGUUGUCAACGUUGGACAGUAAUUUAAUUUUUGUCAACCGUGAGAUUUACCAGAAUUUACAGUUAAUUGUGAAUCAAGUAAAUAUGAAUUGUCAACUUUCUGGAACGGAAACUGGUUUGGGUAACUUUAGUCAAACUAAGCCAACAACCUCACCCUUACCUCAAUCAUCUCCUCCUUCAACUUCACCAAAUUGUCUUCCUCCUCCUACUUUACCAGCACAAUCAACAACAACAACAACACCAAGAAAAAUAUCACCAUCAUCUCUUAAACCUGGUUUCAUUGAGAGUCAAGUUAAAACUACUGAUGAUACUAUUGCUGAUGUUUUGAAUGAUUAUGAUAAUAAUGACGAUGAUGAUGAUGUUGGUAAAAAUGCUGAUUGUGGCGGCACUGGUUCCAGGAACAAGAAAAAUAUCAGCCGCGGGAGCAACAACAGUUGGAAAGAGGCCGUCAGACCUGAUGUUGAAGAUCAUAACAGCAGAGUAAAAAAAGCCCCGAUAAGAAACCAGUCAGAAGAAGAAAGUUACACCAGAAGUGAACUUGAAAACAGUUGCAAGGUUGAUCAGUUUACUCUCGAUCAGUUACUAUCAACUUCAGUUUUAUCCUCUUCACCAUCAAGCAACCAACAACAGUUAUCAGCAAAAGUAAAUUUUAAACCAAGUGAAUUAACAUUAACAUCGUCUGACAAUAAUUUAAAUUAUGAUGUAACGUUUUUUUCAACAACAACAACAGAAGAUAAAACUACAGCUAAAGCUUCUCAAAUAAAUGGAAUCAAAGGAAACAAAUUCAACAGUGAUUUAGUCAAUGGAUUACAUGUUUCAAAUAGUCUCAAUUUGAUUAACCACGACACGGAUAAUGAUCAUAUUUUUGUGUCACAAGUGAAAUCAACUUUUAACUGUGAGAAUGAUGACCAAAGUGAACACAUAAACUGUUUAAACAGCAACAUUAAUAACCAGCAACAGCAGCAACAGCCAAAAUCUGAUCAAUUGUUUUUAUUAACCUGUUUACCUAUUCAACCCACUGUAAAUGAUUAUAAACAGUUAAGCUUAAACAACCAAAACAACAACAGUAACAGUACAAACGCCAACCACAAUCCAAACAAAUCAACUUGCAUUUCUUCCAAUUCAACCUUAUUAACAGUGAAAGAGGUUAAUUAUGACUCCGUGAAUUUACAUUUAGCCGCAAGUAACCACCAACACAAUAAUAACCAAAUCAAUUCGUCUUUACCUGAUUGGACCAUCACAGCAGAAACCAGCAAAACUAUCAACAAAAACAGUUAUAACAACACAAGGGUGGAUAAAUUGCUUCAAUUUUCCUCUUUAUUGCUUUCAUCACCACCAACAUCAGUAUUAUCAUCAUCUCCAAGUGGAUUAUCAUCUCAUCAUAGUCUUUACAAUCAUCCAUUGAUUUUGACCUUGUGUUUUAAACAUCUAUCUAUCUCUAUUAUUGAUAAUCUAAUUAACAAUAUUGUUCCAGGCUUGUUUAAUAAUGACGAUCAUAACCAAAGUUGUGAAUUAACCAAGCCUACCAGUUAUCUUGAUUUAUCAACAUUAAAUCCACACUUAGCUACAUGCCAUGUUAAAUACAACAAUGUUUUCCAUAAAUAUGAUCAUUGUUUAACCCAAAAUCAAAAUUGUAAAAGUCCUACUAAUCUAAUCAAGUCUAAUACCUGUGAAAACCUGGAAUGGAUUAAUACAAGCCAAAACUCAACAUUAAAUUUACUUUCACCAACCAUCAAGAAUACUGAAAAAUCUGAGUCUAUUGAUGGAAACUGCAACAUUGUGUCACAGCCAAUCUUGUCAUCAUCAACUCCACCAUUAUCAUCUUCAUUAAUAUCACUCUCAUUUUCACCAUUUAUGAAAGACGAAUGGCCAAAUGAUGAAAUUAAUACUGAUGAUGAUCUAAACCUUUUAAAUGAUCAAUAUUAUAAUAAUAGCCAAAAAGGAAGCGAAGACAAUAAGAAGGAAGAAACCAGUGAAAGAAAAAUGUCAUUAUUUACAGUAAAAGGUCACACAUCUGAUAUAAAAUCCAACUCAUCAUCACCAUCAUCAUCGUCAUCAUCAUCUUCGGGUUUACUCAACAAUUUAAUCCAUCCUCAAAGUGAUGAGGAGGAAGAAGAGUAUAUUGUUGACGAUGACAAUUCAACUUCCUCUGAUGAAUCUUUUCCACCUCCAACCCUACCAAAUCAUUCACUGGGUGGUAUCUACAGUGGUUUUGGAAAUGGUUUAACUGGUGUUGGAAACAACAGUAAUUAUGGUAAUCCAUUGGCCUACUCUUUACAUACAAUAAUUGAAGAAAGUUGUGAAGAGAGUGAACCAGAAUCACUUUUAUCACGAAUCUCUGAAACAAAUGAUGGUAAAGGUGGAAACCUUGCCGGUUGUCUAAUGAUACCACCUUCAUCAUCAUCCACACUUGGUGAUCCUGGUGACCUGGGUGAUCCAGAAAAUUAUACUGCCUUUCAAAUUGGACGCAAUGUAAUCAACAAACGUGAUUCCUUUGCUGAAAGUGAAACUGGAACCGAUUAUAGUGAUAGUCUAUCUGAAACAUCUGAAAAUAUUGCCGAUUUUGGUGAUGAAAUGGAUCCGCUUACGUUGGCUUCAUCAAGAUUGGAAAAAUAUUUUACCUCUGGUCUAUUGGGUUCAGGAGCCUAUGAUUAUCCAGAUGAUGUUGAAUUUCAAGAUGAACCCGAUGAUUUGUACAAUCAAGCCAAAAGAGCCAGUAUUAAAGUAGAAAUGAAACCCAAUAAUAACAAAAGUGACGAAUCUAAUAGUAAUCAUAGUAAUAGUAAAUUAAAUGGAAUCCAGUCAAUCUCGGAAUCAAAUGUAAUUAAUAACUCACUGGUAACAACUCAAGCAACAUUUACACCACCAACCAUAAAAUCAUUAUUAUCCUCACAGACAGAAUCAACGCCAACAAUCAGUGUGGAUAGUAAAUUGAAAUCAUCACCAAUUAUAACAUUAUCAACACCACCAACAGUUAUUCAUGACACCACCAUUCAAUCAAAGGAUGAUGAUGAUGAUGGGAAGAAGGAAAAUAUUGAAGAUUAUUUUACCGAUACUGUUAAACGUAAACAUAUCAAUGAAAGUAAAUCGGAAAAGGAUUGUAUACCGAGAGGACAUAAUAAGGAAAAUAAUGAAAGCCAAAUUGUAAACACUAUUCUCAAUGUAAUUGAGAAACCUCUGUCAAACAAUCAACUAAUUGACAGUUCAAAUUGUGUAGAUAAAGUGAAAGAGAUUCUCACUGAAUCUAGUCUCACUAAAAAUGAAGAGUAUAAUAAAAAGACUGAUAAUGACGAGUUGACCAGGAAUGUUACAAUUGAAGUAAGAUCAACGACACCCACAAAACCAGCAACACCAUCAUCAGCCAUCAAAAAUGUCAAUUUAAUCACCGAUAAUAACAAUACCAAAUCUACUGUGAUUAACAACUGUAAAACCAACCAAUCUACAAGUCGAACGGAUAGCAGUAAUAGUCCAAUGUCAUUUACCAAAUCCAAUUAUUCCGGAGACAAAUUUAAUUCAGGUUACCAUAAAAAAGAGGCAGCCCCACCGGUACCAACAAUUUAUACACCCGCCAAUAAACCCACAGUGGAGUCAACCAUUCGUUUUGGACCGUCGCCACAAUUGGUUCGCAGUUUGUUAGCAGGUAACAAUGAUUACCAAUCAUUUGAUGUUAAUCAGGAUUAUCAUGUUAAUAUUUAUUCUGGUGAUGGUGAUGGUAAGGUUGGUGAAGGUGAAAAGAGUAAAGUCUUAAUUGUUAACAAUGUUGGUAAUAGUAAUGAUGGACAAAAUGAGAUGAAAUGCUCUUCACUGGUUAUUGAUGAAAAAGAUGAGUCUAUUGAAGGAUCAAAAGUUUUUGUUAGGCAGCUAAUGAUGAAUAUUUUGAGGGAAAAAUCCUUCAUUGAUGAUAUUUCCAAUUAUUGUUGUAAAAAUGAUAGCAAUUAUGCCUGUGAUCAUGUUAAAUCUCCGGUGAAACUUGAAUCUAAAAUGGUCUCUAAUAAAGGCCAUGGUCAAUCGUUCAAUGGGACAUUUUGCCUUCCCUCUACAAGCUUUAUCAAUAAUGAUAAUGUUACCUUUAAUCAGGUCAAUUUGUAUGAAAAUGAAACUAAUGUUAAGUCAAACUUAUUGAUACAAUGUCUAAAUGAAUUGGUGACUGACAGUGAAAGUGUUGACAAUAACAGUCAAAGUAAUGUUGAAUGUAAAACAAAUUAUUACAAUGUUAAUGAUAAUGAUGGUGAUGAUGAUAAUGAGGAAAGGAUAAUGAUGAAAGAUGAUUCUGGUUACGCAUCUAAUGUUGCUCCAGAAUCUUGUGAAUCGAAUGUAAAAAUUGAAUCAAGUCAAUCGAAAAUGAUCUCAAAGGAUGAAAUGAUGUUGAUGUGUAAACAAAUGAUGAUAUCAUUAAAUGAAUUGAUUAAUAAGGAUAAUAAUGAUUGUGCCAAUCAAAUUGAAAAAACAAAGGAAUCCUUUAAAGAUGAAAUAAUUGGUUUAAUGUCCAAAUUUGGGUCAACAUCAAACAUUUCUUCGUCAACAUUUAGUUCAACCUCAGAAACAUCAACAUUGAAAAACUGUGCAUCUUUAACUUGCCAUAAUCUUUCAAAGUGUAAUCAUUUGUCAAACCCAGAGAACAAUGAAUCAUCAACUUUCAAUCUGAUUAACAGUUCUAGUUUGAUUAUAAACAGUGAUUCAUGCUUUAAUGGUGAUAAUAAUAAUUUAUGUUUAUCAACAUCUUCACCCUCCUUGAAAAGUAAUCGUAAUGAACUGGAAACAUUUGCUGUUAACCAAUUUCCUUGCAACCUUUACCCUCCUCCUCCUCCUCCCUUCAAGUCAACACCUGAAACAAUUCCAACGACCAUUUCAAUAGCAAGUUAUGAGGAUGACGAUAAUGGCUCGGAAGAAACAAGAAAAGCGCCAACCAAGUGUGAAAUAUCACCUGAAAUGGAAGAAUCGUUUGUAAAGUUUGUUGAACCAUUGCCGGGUAAAAUCAGUGAUUACCAGCAGAUGGAAAGCAAAACCAGUAACAAAAAGAUGACAAAGAUUAUCAACAAUCAAACCCUAGAUGAGAAGGAGGAAGCAAAAGAUAAAAGUAAAGAUGGAAAGCGAAAAGGAAAAACUGAAGAGGAAAAAUUUGCUUUAAAAAUUGUAUCCAAAGAUUUAGUUGAUGACAAUGGCAGAUUGAACAGCUUACAAACACGCACCUCCUUGUUUACAAAUGUUGAACGUAAUUCAACACGUGAAUCAGAAGAAGAUGAUAAGACUGUUAAUGAGAGACAACAAUUUUCAUCAUUAUCGUCAUCAUCAAAAUCACCAGAAACAUCAUUAAACCGGUCACAAGCGUACAUUCAGCUUGAUAAUGUGGAGGAGGAAAAUGGCUCAUUCAAUGGAGACACGAUCAACACGAUUUAUGAACGGAUUCACGAUGUUUACCAGAUAAAUGCCAAUCCAGUUAAACACACGUUCAACCAUUUACAUAAUCAUUUUGAUAAACAUUUAGAAAAUGAUUUAAUGGAAAAAUGUUCAGCCAUCAUUGAGGAGAAAGGUGAUUUACAUGGUUUUCCUGGUAAAUGUAACCCAAGUGGUGAAAUUGUACAAACAAGUCGUCUUAAUCAUAAAACAAUUCUUAAAAUAGAUGUUAAUGGUGAUGAGGAUGAUGAUGAUAAAGUAAAUUCAAGUGAUGUUUCAUUAUUACCUAAAUCUUUGGUGAAUCACAAUUUCCUGUCUGAUGAAUCAACCUUUUUUGAUGAUAAAUAUUUUGAAAGCAAUGAAACAAUUAAAAGACAACAAAUUUUGAUUCCCUCAACUAAAAUAAGCAUUUUAACAGCACCAUCAUCAUCAACAACAACAAGAGUAACAACAAUAACAAGAGGAGGAGGAAGAGAUGAAUCAACUGAUGAAGAUAAAGAGGUUAACUUUAACAAGCCCAACUUUAAUAAUAGUGAAAAUGAGAAACUGGAAAGUGCAUGGGAAACAUGUUCAUUGUUAAUCUCCAGAGUAGCAUUAAAAAAUUCAUCUGAGUUUGAUGAAGGAUCAUUGGUUGGAAACAAUAUAAUCUCAAGUUCAACAACAGAAACACCAUGUUCAUUACCAAUGGUGGCUAUUGAGAAAUCGCCAUCUUCAUCACCACUGCCAAUAAUAGGGUUGAGAUUGAUGGCAGAUUGUAAAAUUAAAGGGAAACCCGAGCAUCGAGAUACUGGCUAUUACUCUUUUCAAUCAUCUGAUGAGAAUGUUAAAGAUAAAAGUUAUUCCGAGGAUGAUGAUUAUGAUAACAACAAUUAUGAUGAUAAUGGUUAUAAACCAAUUAUGGUGAAAACAAUUUUGGCUGGGAAAGGACAAGCCGAGUCAGUUUCAUCAACACCAGUAACAACCAAAGUUGUCAUUAAUUGUGACCCUCAGUCACAAAACAAUGACAAUGAUAAACCUUUUGUUGCUUCUGUUGAUGAUGAUAAAAAUUUUAAUUCAAUUGAUUACAAGUCGUCUGAUUAUUCAUCCAAGAAACGUUUCACCUCAUCAUCAUCUGUGUUACCAAAAAUUUUGCAGAUGGACGAAACAUUAGCCUUUAAAAAGGUUAACUUGUCUUCAAUUGAAAUAAACAGUAAAACCGAUUCAUUGGCCUCAAAAAAUGAUUCAAAGCAACAUUACCAACCUGAAAAAGCCAAACAUCAUAAUCUUGAUCAUCAUCCAUCUCAUCAUCAUCACCAUCAUGUAACCUUUAAUCGUCUUAGAACAUCUUUUUUCUCGUCUUCUUCUGGGUUAUUCAGAAAGUUGGCCUCACUUAGAGAUGAAAAAUCUUCAAAUAGACGUUUGGGAACACGAAAAAGAGUUAUGCUUGGUGGAAGUGAACCUUGUCCUUCUAAUGAGUCUACCUCAGCAGUUCCUCAUAUUUCUGUUUCUGAUUAUUCUGAGAGUUUCUCCCAUAGAGGAAGCAUUGGAAGUUCAGGAGAAGAAAUUUUCAUCUCAGCCGAAGACGACAUCGACAAAGCAUUUGCUUACCACAACCGUAGUCAAACCAGUUUAUCCUCAUUUGGAGUCCGCAGUGAGAGUCUGUCAAGCGUUUACAGUGCAGCAGGCGGUGGUCGCUAUGGAACCGUAACAGUCUCCGGUGAAAUCCUUUUUUCACUCAAUUACCAACCAUCUGAAGGUUCACUUGAACUUUACAUUAAAGAGUGCAGAAAUUUAUCUCCAGUUGAUAGUAAACGAAACAGAUCAGAUCCUUAUGUUAAAUUAUAUCUAUUACCUGAUCGUUCAAAGAGUGGUAAACGCAAGACCAAAGUGAAAAAGCAUACUUUAAAUCCUGUUUUUGAUGAAUCGCUUAAAUUUUAUUUACCUUCAAAUCAAACGGAGGGCCGAACUUUAUGGAUCUCAGUAUGGCAUAGUGACAUAUUUGGUCGCAACGAUUUUCUUGGUGAAGUAACUUUACCUUUAACCAAGGAGAUUCUGAAAAAUUCAGGGUUAAGAUGGUAUCCACUUCAAGAAAGGAUUGAUCUUCUUGAAUCAAAUCAUAAUUACAAAGGUGAUAUUUUCAUAGCAUUGAAAUUUGUUCCCUCCGAAUCUUCACCAUCAAAAGGAUCAAACAAUAAGAAUGGUCUUCAGGGUAAAUUGCUGGUUCUGGUUAAGGAAGCUCACAAUUUAAUGCCAACCCGAAGCAAUGGAACCUCUGAUCCUUUUGUCAAAUGUUACCUUCUUCCAGAUAAAAGUAAAAAACAUAAGACUCCAGUCAUCAAGAAAACAAUCAACCCUCGAUGGAAUCAUACAUUUGAAUUUGACGAUGUAACCACUAAUGGAUUGAAAGAUCGAUGUUUAGAGUUGACCGUCUGGGAUUAUGAUAAAUUGACGAGCAAUGAUUUCCUUGGAGGAGUCCGACUAAGCCUAGGCCAAGGUGUCUAUGAUGGUAAACCGGUUGAUUGGUUGGAUUCAUCAGAGGAAGAGAUGAUGUUAUGGAAACAAAUGCUUGAUCGAACUGAUAUGUGGGUCUAUGGAGAGUUGUGUUUAAGAUCAAGUUUACAAUCUCGGGCCACUCUACUCAGAUGAUAUUGAUGACAAUUAAGUUGAUGAAUCUUUUAAUUACCCAUUGAUGGCGAAAUAAUGUUAUGCAAAUGAACCAGGGACCGUUGGAGAUGUAACAUUGAAACAAGUCGAUUCUACUUUUGGUUAACUUUCAAUUCAAUACAUCAAUUUAUGGAUGGACAAAAUGAAUUGAUUUAUAUUUAUAUAUUGUUGAUGUGAAUAUGCUGACUGUAAAUUGUGUUAUUUGAUUAGAUUGUGCAUAUGUUUUCACUCCAAUGUUACCAAUUAUGAAUUGAAAUUAUCAUGUCUCUCUUACAGUGUUUUUAUGCACAAUCAAUUUAAAGCACUUGAUGAAUAUGAACAAUGUUUGAUAUACAAGAAUUUCCAGAACCAAAAAAGGACAAAAUAAUCUAAAAAUGAUUAACACGAAAUGUGAAUAAUUGACAUCCUCCAGUGUUAAUUGGCAAAAAAUAAUCAAAAUUGGAUUAUUUGUUGAAUAGAAAUUUUUAUUGUUGUUAUUUUUGCUGUUGAAAGAUAUUUAUUGUAUCAAAAGCAAUCUUUCAUUUAUGAUUGAUUGAUGUUUUUUGUUUUCUCUUAAGUCAAAAACUAACAUCGUCUAAUUGUUUGUCAAACAAUGAAUAAAUUAUGAUCAAUAUAAAUUACUGAUCAAGUAAAUAACAAA